AUGGUUGAGCAAAUUGACAAGUUUGCCUAUUGCAACUCCAUGUUCUUUGGCCACGAGAUUGGGGAGAAGCUUGCUGAUGAACUCAUUGACGGCACAGGCGGUGCCAUGUCGAAAUCGUACAUUAUGUGCUCAGGCUCUGAGGCUAUGGAAUCCGCAAUGAAGAUGGCACGACAGUAUUUUAUGGAAUUGUCUCCUCGACAGCCAAAGCGGAUCAAUUUCAUUGCCAGAGAAGGAUCAUACCAUGGUACAACUCUUGGUUCGCUGUCAAUGAGCGGGCAUGUCGCGCGGCGGAGUCUCUUCCUCGAUAUGCUGCUUCCGAACAUAUACAGAGUGUCAGCUUGCAACCCGUACCGCGGUAUGAGCGAGGGUCAGACCGAGCAGGAAUACGUCAGUCAACUGGCCGAUGAGCUGGACCAGAAAUUCCAAGAGCUUGGCCCCGAUUCGGUAUGCGCAUUUGUCGCAGAGCCUAUUGUUGGUGCAACUCUGGGUUGUAUUCCAGCUCUGCCUGGAUAUUUCAGGGCUAUUAGAAAGGUCUGCGACAAGUAUGGCGCCCUACUUAUCUUGGAUGGUCUCGGCGGCGGUUACGCGCCCAUGGCUGGUAUGCUCAUCAAUCACCGUGUGGCUGAUGCUCUCAAGAACGGAAGCGGCUCAUUUUCACACGGACAUACUUAUCAGGGCCAUCCUGUUGGAUGCGCUGCUGCCCUCGAAGUCCAACGAAUCAUCCGGGAAGAGGAUCUCGUCGCAAAUGUUCGAAAACAGGGCGCUCUGCUUGAGAAGCGGUUGCGGUACUACCUAGAUGACAACCCUCAUGUUGGCAACAUCCGAGGCAAAGGCCUCUUUUGGGGGAUCGAGUUUGUCAUAGACAGACUUACCAAAGAACCUUUCCCGAGAUUUGAGGAUAUCGCGAACAAAACUUAUCUUAUUGGAUUCAACGACUUCGGCAUCAGCCUGUAUCCAGCCACCAUGAGCAUAUAUCCGAGGUGUGCUGGCGAUGUAACCUUCAACACACUAUCAUCUAACGCGUUUUCCGAAUGGCCGGAGUCCAUCGCUGGCAUAAUAUGCAAGACCCCGCCCGUCGGCCGCAAUAGCGCCCCGCACUUUGCGGAAUGCUGCUCCGGCACGGUCUACAACAUCACGAGCCCGACGUCGCCCAACGACCAAGUGUACCCAGUCUCGUGCGCUACUUUUUGUCAAGUCAGUCCGGAGAUGAAUGCCGACAAUCCGAAUAACCCCUACGGGUUCAGCAACCACUUCAUGUGUCUCACCGACGGCACAAGGGAGCCCUCAUCCUGGGAGGUUGUCUGCGCCACGGUGACACCGCCGGGCGUGGCAUGGCCUACGAGUUUUCCCAAUACUCCUGUCCUCUCGUGGAAGACUAGGUCUUGGACGACCGAUAUUUACUCGCGCAUCAGCGAGGUUACGUCUGUCGUUGAAAACCCGACUACAUCGCCAACCGCGACGGUAACGACAGAUAUCACAACAUCUUCGUCGUCUCAAAAAGCUUCUAUCUCAACGUCUGACUCAAGCGCGGCAUCCACAUCGCUUGCUACAGCUUCAUCAACACAAACGAGCGCAGCUGUGGCGACGCCAACGGGUAGCGGUGCCGCCGAAGGCAAGAGAGUGCAUGCGAGAGACCUCACAUUGAGCAUCCUGCUUCUCAUAAGCGCCCUUUGUCGCGCUUAA